ACAUGGUAGACAGUAUGUCGCAGGAUGCUGAGUCCUUCGAAAUGCUUAAAGCACUGUACGACUUCACCGCCGUUUAUCCGAAGACGAUCAGCUUCGACGAGGGCGAAUACUUUAUACUGCAUCAGACCAGCGCCCGCCAACGGAACUGGUGGCAGGUCGUCAGCAUGAAGGGUAACAUCGGUUUCGUCCCGUCCAACUACGUGAUGAAGCUGAAGGUGAACCCACUCUUUCUAAAUGGUUUCCUGGAAUCAAGCAUAGAAUCGUUACGCCUUUCAACGGAAAAGGAAAUAAAUGGAAUCAUUGGCCGGGAGGAACUGAUCAGCCGGUUGGUCGAGAAAAAGCGGAUGUUGGAAAAAAUGCUCAAAUAUGAACUAUCGGAUAGUGAGUCCGAACCGCCCUCACCGAUCAAAAUGAGCAAUGGACACCUCAAGCAGCACGAUGGUUCCAGCGGUUAUAGUGGAGAUCGCAAUGCACAGCUGAAGAAUGGUCCACAGCGACACUCACCACCCGCCCCAUCCGAACAGCACCAAGCCAGUGCGGGCGUACAGCAGACGGCCAAGAAGUCGAAAUCUAGCCCUGCGGUCGCCGGUGCCCAAGCUGCCGUGCCGCCGCAAUUCAUCCAGGAAAGCCCCAGCACCGGCAUCCUGGCGACGAAACAUUCCCAGCCAGACGAACCACAGACACCGGUUGCCGGCAGCAGUUCGGCCCAGGAACCGAGCAGCACCCUAUCGGAACUGUCCUCCGUGUCGUCCGAGCAGACGGAACCGACCAGCAACAAUACCGCCACAACCGGUACGCUUACCACGACGAGCGACGAAAUAACGGCCAUCUCGCGCAUCGACGACCGUGCCCAACCGGGCGAGGAGCCCUCGUCCGUGCCAACCGAGGCCGAAAACCAAACCGAUCACGAGCUGAACGAGCUGGAAACGACCAACAACGAUGAUGUGACGGUGAGCGAAAAUGAACCGCAACCGUGCUCGGUAAAGGAACCGCACGGUGGCCUCCUCCCGGCCGACGGGGACGAAAGCAGCGCAAUGAAUGGGUUGGUGGAGGGUGGAGCUGCUGGCGUUCCACCGCCGGGGGAUGACGGUACGAUGGCAAGCGAUACGGAACGCGAGGCCGGUUCGGGUGCCGAAUGUGGGGAAAGCAGCGUAGCGACGGGAGAGGAGGCCGAACCGGCGGAAGAUCUCACCAAACAGCCACCGGCGAAGGUGGACGCAUCGGAAGUGUAUCAGAUCGUGGACGCCAUACGGAAGAGUACGAACCUGAGCCACGAACUGUCGUGCGUCGCGCUGCGCGUGGUGUUGAGCGAGCUGGAGGUAUUACUACCGCCGGCCGUUGUCCGCCAUCUCGAACCGGUUGCGGUCCAUCUGGCGGCACCGUUCGAUGUGUCCGAUGCGUUGUUGGGCAAAACGCACGACGCGCACCGGUUGCGGUUGAUAUUUGGCGAACUGUCGGACUGCAAGAACGAUUCGGAGCAGCGCACGUGGAUGCUGCACGAGGACGAAGCAGACAUUAGCCAGUAUCUGACCGAGCUGAUCCGCAUCCUAACCGAUGCGGAUCCGAAGAUUUGUCGCAGCGAGAUGGCGUGCGACCAGUACCAGAGCAUCAUCAAUCUGGUGCUGUACUAUCAGAUGGAGACGCGCUGGUCCAUUCGGAAGCUGCUGUUGGCCGCGUUUCGGGCGAUGUGCCAUCUGGACUACACGACCGUGGAUAUUUUGCUGGGGUCGGUGUUGCCACUCGAGCUAGUGCAGGAUAUGGUGUCGAAUCCGCGCAAUAUCGAGAAACUGCAGGAACUGGCCAACAUGCUUAUCAUCAUAUUUUCGAUCGGGCGCCGAAUGCCAAUCAAUCAGCAAGAUCACUUACGCGCCGAUUUCAUCAUCUUUCUGCUCAAUAUAAUUGAAACACCGCCGGAAACGGACGUCCAGGAGAUGCUGCCCGACAUCAUGAUCAAUCUGAUACUGUCCUUUAAUCUUCAGUUUGAAAAUUUUGCCGAAAACGUCGUGCUGGAAGCGAUGGAACAGUUCAAGACGGCGAAAACGUUUACCGAAAAGAUACUGCUGCUAAUAAACCGCGAAGAGGAUCCGGUGCACACACUGAAGCAUACGCCGAUGAACAUCAAUCCGGUACUGAAAAUGCUUGUCGAUCUGUUUAGUCGACCGGAGACGGCUUCGAUUUUCUACACGAAUGAUAACAAGGUGCUGAUUGACAUUUUGGUACGGCAGCUGUCCGAUUUGUCUGCAGGCGAACCGAUCCGUAAAUGGUACCUCGAACUGUGCAGAAAGAUACUGCGCAACACCAACUACCCCGAACAUCAGCACCGAAAGCAGGAUCUGAUGAAGAUCUUCACCCGCAUCUUCUGCGAGGAGACAGAGUGUAGUGCCAGCGAUCAGCAGAUUGUGCGCGAGAUAGCUAACGAAUUUCCACAGAUUUUCAAAGCAUGAAC